GGUCUGGUAACGCAAUUUUUCACUGCUGUUUUAGAGUUUCAAUAAAAAUCAAUUUAUUUCUGUCCUAACUUUUCGAAAAACCUUAUCUUUGAAAAAAAAAAUUAUUGAAAAAUGGCCUUCGAAGAUAGCCCUGAGCGGCGACAAAUAACGACACCAUAUUUCGAUACAGUUAUCGGACACAUAGAAGAUAUUGUGAUUGGUGAAGAGUUUCAAUCAAUGGUGAAUCAAUUCCUUAGUUGCUACUAUAAUUUUUUCGACCGGGAGGACGAAAAUAAGAUCAUUUACACAGAAAUCUACCAAAAGUAUACCAGCCUGAUCGAAACGUUCAUCGUGGAGAGUUUGAACGAACGGAUGCUGGACAGUUUCGAUAUGGAUCGGUUCGCACAAGAGCUGGAAACCAAAAAAUCCCAACUUGAUGGGGAAAUUUUCGAGCUGCUCCAUACAUUGACCGACUUCCUCGCCUUCAAGGAUAUGGUGCUGGACUACAAAGCCUGCAAAGAAGGCAUCUACGAUGAUCUGAGCAAAGGGCUUAGCGUUACGAGUCUUCAAAAGUGAAAUCUUUUCCAAAAAAAAAAAUUUGAUUUAUUUUUCUUAUUUUUAUUGAUCCAUUAUUUAGUAAAACACUGCUCAAAGCACAGAAUUGGAACAUAGAAUUGAAUAAAUUUUUGACAUGAAUCUUA